CUUCUUUCAUGUUCACUGCUUUGUUCCUUGCCAAUUUCUCUCCCUCCCCAAAGCCACCCAGCUUCAUUGACAAUCAAAAACCGAUACAUUGGGGGGUUUUUUCUUUUUAUAAAAAGCUUUCUCUUUCAUCUGCAUCCCCACCUCUCCAUUUGAUCUCAGAAAACUCCAAAAAGGGGUGAGGAAAAAAGAAGGAUUUUUUUUCCCUUUUCAUUUUUAAUCUAAGAAAGCAAAGCUCCCCUGUUCCUCCCCUGUUUCCUCUGUUUUUCCCAACAUUUUAUUGUGGAUAAGAAAAUGUCCUCAAAUGUCUGUCAAGGGUUGCAAUCAUGCCUCGAGCCAAGGCUCGUCGAAUCACGUUUUUUGAGGCUUAAACUGGCUCCACCAAAAACGAAUUUUUCUGGCUCCAUUGUUCCUAGGCCCUGUUUCACAAACCCUGCCCUUACUGAGACCAAGCCUUCGCCCUAUAAUGAAGAAAAGAACACCUCCAUCACCCACAAUGAGAGCGACACCAAUGAUUGCAAACUGAUUGGUGGCAAUCAAAAUGUUGACAGGGGUGGGUGGAGUUUCCUGCAGUCCCUCGCCGCCAACGCCAAAGAUUCUACGGAGAAUGACAAAGUUUAUGUGCACCCUCUUGUUAAGCGUUCAGCAUCUAUGCUAAGUGAAAAGAGUCUUGAAAUGUGCACCGAAAGCUUAGGGAGUGAAACCGGCAGUGAAGUUAGCGAGAGCAGCGAUGACAUUUCCUUGCUUUCAUUGGAAACCGUGGUUUGCAAUCCAUCAAAACCAAGGGAAAGUUUGGUGGCUAGAAAAAUGACUCGUAGCAGCAGCUUUCCACCUCCUUUGACAUCCAUUAGCGGUUCCAAUGGUGUUCAAGUUAGGUCUCACCGGGAAGGCGGCCGCCUAGUUCUGCAAGCCGUCAGCAUCCCUCCUUGUCAUAGUUACUUCCAUGCAGAACGAAGCGAAGGGAGGCUUAGGCUUUCCCUUUUGAAGGAUGCUACCCCGAUUUUCGGCGACGAAGGCGGCCAAGAGGAAGACCAAGAAGUAGUAGAGGAGGACGAACAUGGUGAGGUAGUUUACGAAAAGAAAGGAGUAGAGGGAGAAGUUGAAGAUGAGGAGUGUUAUUGGGGAGAGGGUAUGGAAGGAAAUAGUGGGAAUGUUGGUGGUGAAAUUGGGACAGGGAAGUUGCCUAGGCCAAGCAGCUGCAAAGAAAGUGGGCGUGGGCACAAAGGUUUGCUCAAUUGGGGGCCAUUCUGGGUGGCAACUUAAAAGCUAAAAGGUUGAAGAUUUUUCUCAACCCCGGAGAACUACUAUUAUUGGAUUCCCUAAUUUCCAUUUUUCUCCUUUUUUAUUUUUAUUUCUAAUUUUCAGUUAUUAAAGUUUGAGAUUUCCGUACCAUGGAUUUCCUAAAAUAUGCUUAUGGUAGUUAUUAUCGUUAUUGGACCA